AUGGCGGAGGCGGUCGCAGUAGUGCGCGCGAAGAAGCAGGCGGAGGCGAAUAGCGAAAGGGAAGCGGUGUUAACGCGGUCGGAGAGUUUGCUGGACGAGAAGUUCGACGCGUAUGAGGCGGCCAACUACCGCAUGUGGGCUCGAUCCAAAUCCGAAGCCUUUUCCAGGCGCAAGCCUUCGGGGACUCGCAGCCACAAGAAUCACAACUUGGAUCUCCUCAAUAGCUAUGGCUUCGCGCCGCAAAAUGCAGAGCUGAUGACACGUGUCAAAGAAAGCUCUUCGUUCAAUCAGGGUCAUGGCAGCAACGGCUUCUUCAGAGGGUAUUGCGAGGAGGGUGGGGCGGCCGAGAGGAUGGCGGAGGAAGGGAGACUUGGCGGAGAAGGUUUGAAGACUAAGGGAGCGCGGGACAGCAGCGGCAACAGCGGCAGCAGCGCAAGCAGCUACGAGAGCGCGGCGGAGGAUGAGAGGGGGCUGCGUGGUUUCCUGCGGCAUUGCCGCAAGAAGGACAGGCGGGCAAGCGCGCCCGACCAGGGCUGCGCGGAUGGCGCGGAAGGCGGAGAGGGGAAGGCGACCGCGCCAGGGGCUGCUCUUUUGAAGCGCAGCUUGACGGGCGACACUGAGGGGAAGACGAUGUCGACCAUGGAUACGACGGCGGAUAAGGCCAUGGAACGGGGCGCGCUUAACGGCGUGACGGAGAGCAUGACGGGCAGGACCUUGCUGCGGUCGGCGAGCGACACACUGCAGGACGCGGAGAUGGACGAGAUGGACAGAGAGGUGCUGCAAGAGGCAUUUUCGCGCGUGGUGGGGCUGCAGCAGCGCGUGCAGCACUACCGUGACCUGGGCGGGUUCGUGGUGCUCAUGGCGCUCUUCAUCACCAUCCUCUACCUCCAGGCCGACUCCUCCCGCAGCUACGAAAUCACCGCCGCGCAUGCCGUGCUCUUCCCCCCCGGCGUGCGCCAAGAUGCGUCCAACACCUUCAACGGCCCGGAUUACUUCUACAGCUGGCUCAACACCAGCAUCAUGCAGAGCCUCUGGGCGGACCUCACGUGUGGAGACGGCACAUGCCACCGCCCCUUCCAGUUCCCCGCAUUUGGCCGCUUUGGCUGUGAGGCGGACUGCGGCAAGUUCCCCAACCUCACCUCGGUGGUGGUCAGAUUCUCCUCGCACCUCGACACACAGCUGGCCGUCGACGGCUCUUCCUGGAACCUCUGCAUGGUUGACCCCGUCUCCCUCUGCUGGUACGAAACAUUCCAGCCAUUCCCACGGGGCGAGACAGAAACGACUGUGGCGUUGGACAUUCCGGACGGCGACUGGGUGGUGGUGCUCAACGCGCCCGCGGGGGGCAUCCGCGGCACCGUGCACGCGCCCCCUCCUGGCACGCGCCGCUUCUCCGUCGUCGGCGCCGCCUCCACCAUUGAGCUCGCCGCGUGGGGGUACUGUGCACUUGAUGAUGGCACUGUGGCAGCCAAUCAGACGGGGCCAAGUGGCGGCGCUGCUGGUGCUUCGCCUGACAUCUGUCGUGAUACAUGUGAGAAGCUGGUGGUCUGCCUGCCAGCAACCUGUGGGCGAGCAUUCACGGAGUGUUCGUGGACUGUGCGCGCAUGUGCAUCGUCGCACCUUCUUCCAUCACCACCUAUGCCGACACUCCCUGCCCCUGCCGGAUAUCGCAUCGCUAUUUUCCAACACCCCGUGCAAUGUCUCAGCCAGCGACUGACAGUGCUGCAGGUGGCGGUGUCACGAGCGCUCUUCACCGUUGCCAAAGACCGCUGCCUUGCUGGCCACGGGCCGGGAGCAAGCAGGAAGCACUCACAGGGGGGGCCAGGCAGCUUGCGCUGGCACAUGGUGGCGUGCUUUUGCACGAUGCUGGGGGGGCCUGUGAUGACGAUGGAUGAGUGCCGUCUCACGGAUACAGAAGGGCAGCAGGUGUUGUCAAUUUCGGACAUGCAUGCGUAUCUGCAGAGCACGCACGUGAGGGGCGGGCGUGUGAUCUCAGCGCAGCACAUGCGGCGCUUCGUGCUGACGGUGGGGGCAGCGCUGAGCUCUGUGACGCUCAUUUCAGAUGCGGCUGCUGCUUGCCUCAACUCGCUCAUGCACUCCUUCGAUGAUGCCAUCGUCACCUCCGACGCUGUCGGCUGCUCUCAAGGUGGGUGCUCAUGGCCGGUGGUCCUGCUGGUGGGUGCGUGCUCAUGCGUGACUCACAAUACGACCAUUCAUGUGGGAGACAAGGUCACCUGGGUGUGGGAUGACGACCUCCCGCACUCCCUCAAAGAGAUGGACGACGAGUCCCCUGGCUUCUUUUCCUACAGCAAGGUGUUUGAGGAGCCAAUCACCAUCCACUACGAGGACGGCACUCUCUCUGUCGAUGAUUCCUCCUCCUCCUCCGCGUCUUCCCCCUCGUCUGCGUCUCUUCUCACUGUGCUGCCCGCACGAGCAGGAGCUGAGGUUGCUGAUGUAGCAAACGCCACUGACAGCAGCACUCUCUCCAGCACCGCACGUUUCACUGACACCAACACUACCACACCCUCAGCGACUUCAGCACCCUACCAGUGCUCGCCGGGGUGCCGGCUGCGGCGGCUGGCGAACGGGGUGUGCGAUGCAGCGUGCAACACGCCCGCGUGCGCCUUUGACGGCGGCGACUGCGCGUGUGUCGACCCGCUCUUUGGCCCCGGCAUCUGCGCCUGCCCGCCCGCCCACACCCGCCACGACGACGGCUCGUGCUGUCUGUCCACGGCGGUGGGAGCCAAUCUCAACUUCCCCUUCUCACUGCAGCGCUACGGCCCCAGCUACACCGAGAGCAACUUCGCCUCUGCGGCUGAGAGGGGAUUUCCCGUCAAGCGCUACGUUUCUCGCCGCAACCGCUUCCGUUUGCCCAUCAUAGCCUUAGCACCUGGAGUCACCACCACGAUCAACAUCCAGCCCUCCUCUGCCAUAUCCCUCUGCCAACCGCCCUCCCCCCUCCCACAUUUUCCGUGGCAGUCUGCUAAUCGGCAUGGUGCUGCAGCAGGAUCGGUGGGGCACAAAGCAGUGCAAUGGAUCGGGUUGCUCUUCAUCUCCUCCUUUCCCACAGCUGCACUGCACCAUCUCUUAUUUCACCCCACCAACUCUGCCUCCUCUCUCUCCUCCCUCCCCAGCCUGCUGCACCUGGCGGGGUGGUGCAGCAACGGCACUUCGUUGGAACCGUUUGGAGUGAACCCGCACUUUCUGCCCACGUCGGCCAUCUACGACAGCGCUGCCAGCGCCAACAUGAGCCAGCUCGACAACAACACCUUCGGUGUCAAACUCAAGUUCAACCCGCAGGGCCUCCCCUACGGCUUCAUCUACCCCAUCGCAUCACUCACAACCCUCCCGCUGGUGUUUGACAUCAAUCUCGACUACGAGGCGGCCAUGCGUCGUCUGCUCUACCUGGUGGAUGGCGGCUAUAUCGACAAUGGCACUCGCACUGUGGACGUCAGCUUCAUAACUUACAACGGUAGCAGCCUCUACUUCUCUGCCCCGUCCGCUUCUCUCUACGUCUCAUGUGUCCACCACCUUCACACCACGUUGACAGGCGAGACGCUCACGUUCGUGCUGACCACUGUGAGGUGCACAUUAAACGCGGGGGGCAGCAUGGCAGUCACCUUCAGGUCGCAGCCGGCAGCCAUGGCGAUGUACGAUGCAUCGGCAGACAACAUCGCACGGCUGGUGCUGGAGGUGGUGUAUCUGGUGGGGCUGCUCUGGAAUGUGUGUGGCGAGCUGCAGGAGAUGGCCGACCGCGCUGCUGUUGACGUGCUCUCCCUCGCACUGCUACUUUGGGCAAGCAUGGAACUGGCAUUUGACAUGCAGCCACGAUACGACAUCUACUACACGCUGCUCGAGAUGCCGCGCUACUGGGCCGUGCCCAACCCGCCCACGGGCUUCAUCAGCGCCACUCAGGCCUUCGCUGAGCUGCGCAACAUCAUCAACCUCCGUGGCAUCUACUUCGCCCUUCAAGGCAUCAAUCUCUUCUUCAUGAUGAUUCGCCUACUCAAAGUCAUGGACUUCCAGCCGUACCUCGGGGUCAUCACGCGCUCCCUCGCCCUCGCCACGCCCUCCCUGCUGCACUUCUUCCUGCUCUCCUUUGCCGUCUUCUUCUGCUUCAGCAUGUAUGGCUACCUUGUCUUUGGAGGCGCUCUUGAAAUGUUCUCCACAGUGCUGGAGUCCAUGUUCUCGUGCUUCCUGCUACUGCUCAACGACAACUCCUCAGCCUACUUCUUCCAGCGCCUUGAGUCGUGGGACCUCAUAGCGGCGAUGCUCUUCUUCUUCAUGGUCUUCAUCCUCCUCAACUUCCUCAUCGCCAUCAUCGUCGAUGCCUUCAUGAGCGUCAAGGACAGCAACAUCGUCGCCACCUCUAUAACCUCUGACCUGGGACACAUAAUCAAGUACAAGUGGAACUGCUGGCGCGGCCGCUACUUGCGAUACCCUGUCAUUCUUGACCGCCUCGUGCAUUUGGGAGCUAAGGACACCCGAGUGGAAGAGUCAAAUCGUCGGAUGCGCCGCAUGCAGUCGUUGAAGCGGCACACACGCGAAAUCUUCUCCGGCAGCUGUGGCGGCGACUGCAGGCCGUCACACUCCGGUCGGGGGAACAACCAACCCGCCGCCUUCCCGCCUGACAGCGAGUCUCGGGUGCGGCGGCAGCACGUGCUGACAGUGAGGGAGAAGCGCAUCGACGCCAUCUCGCUCGCCAUGAUUCUGCAGCGCCGCCACGACAGGGAGCGAGGUGAGCCCCACACGGCUGAGCUGCUGCCCAAAUGUUGGUCAAGUGCAAGCGCAAAUGAGGGUGUGGACGAGGAGCAGCUGGAGCAGCUGUCGCAGGCGGUGGUGCUGCAGUGCGGCGAGGUGGUGAAGCAGGCCGCCCUGCCUGUCAAGAAGCCCGUUCAGAAGCUCAGCCUGGCGCACAUCAAGGUGGGCAAGGAAGGCGGGGAUCGGUGUAGAGAGCAGGAGGAUUUGGCGUGCAGCCGGGCAGAGGUGAAGGAGCUGAGGAGCAUGAUGGCGGACAUGCAGGCGCUCAUGCUCGACCUCCUCGCCCGCACGCCCCCCACGGGAAGCGCUGCCCACGCAAUGGGUGAUCCCGCGGGGCCGUCAACAGCUCCAAGCAUGCGACGAGCACACACAGAGCCCGCGCCUCUCUGUGCCCUCCUCACGGACUCCCCGCAGCCUCUGGAGCAAGCGGUAAGCAGGAGGGACAUGCCACGAGGCCUCAGCGAUAGCGGGGCAAGUGGGGGGGCAGUGGAAGGGGUGGAGAGAGCAGGGGGAGUACAGGGCGGCUUGGGCAUUGCAGGAGGGAGUGCAAGCAGAAGCUUGUUGGCUUCAAAGCAAGGCUCUGAGAGGCGGGUGUUGUUUAAAGAGAGCACAGCGGCGAAUAGGAAGAGCCCUUUAAGGACAGGGGGGGAGUGGCAGCAGGAGCCCCUGGUGUGA